AUACCGACGAAGGGAAAUGAGGGAGCACACGUGGUCAAACUCUGACUUAGUUUAGCCCGCGAGCAAGCUAUCCAGCUGCGAGAGAAGGGCCAAGCGACUAGCGGCAACGCCCGCCCUCCCCUCCCUCGCUCGCGCGUCUCCUUUCACGUUCCGCUCUGGCGUAACUUUUCACGAAAAAGUAAAACUACUCGCAACCUUCAUCAACCCGAUUUGUUUCAAUGGAGGUUUGAUUCGUGGGUAGUAAAGCGCGCAACAUCACUUUUCAACUCGUUUUGUAGCAAUUUUUCAAAACAAGACGCACAUUUUUUUGUUUCCCGUUUUACCGCAGCGUUACCCGUUGUUAUCUUUGCACAUUUCAAUAGCCCUUACUGUUGCUUUUGUAACGUAUUUAAUUAUAUUAUUAAAAAAGUGCAAUCUGGAAUUUAUUUAUCCACGAAGCACUCAGGAGUUCUUAAGAACUUGUGUCCGUGCGUUCCUGAUCAAAUUGGAAUUUGGAAAUGUCGGUUUUUGGUGAAUACCCAGACAAAACCUCUGGGUACUAGAGGUUUUUUCUCGCCUGCGUCGGGGAGCUUCGUUUCGUCGGCCGCAGGCCGACACGUGUUCGGCCGAAGGCCGAAGACACCAGCGGCGAAGCCGCAUCGACCCGAGCCAGAUUGGUAAGAGGGGAUAGCUCUCACCACUACGCAACUCUUGUUUCCCUUAGAGCAAGAGAUAAUUAAGGAUAAUUUAUUACUGUUAUCACUAAUAAUCGUAAUAAUUACUCUUUAGGUGUGGAGCCAACCACCCCUGGCGGGCGUCCCAGUUUUUCAUUGCGUUGGGUGUACUCUGACAGAAUGUAUCCUGUUAUGAAGAGUCUGUUUAAAUUGGGACUUAUUAUGUUUUAUUUCUUCCUUUGUGACAGGUUGGUUUGAUUAAACUAUAGUUCAUCUUAUUAUGAUGUUAACAAUGCUUUUAUUCUGCCGAUUUUUGUCUCACUUCCCAGUGCAACUCAAGUCGCGUUAGAUAUGCACCAAGUCGAACUCUCUUUAUGAGUGGAUUUCUACAGUCGCGUGAUUUUGCUUGCGUGCGUACGUAAACUUUGCGUGCGCAAAUAGAAUAGAGGCAAUGUGUGAAAGGUCGCGCGGAAACGUAAAAGUUGCCUUUUCGUGCGAAACUUCAUACAAUGCCUGUCUAUGUUAUUUACCCGCGUAAAAUUUACGUGAGUGCUCGUAAAAAACUUGGCGACAGUGGAAAUCCAUACCUUAUACGUUAUACGGUGUAAAAGUGUGUCAUUAACCCUAAAGCAAGCGAAGCGAGCUUCAGGAGAUCGCAAAGUGACCAAACGGGCUACGUUGUCGAGCUUAAAGCCCCGUGCAAACGGACGCAACAUUGUUGGCCAACAACUCCCAAUAUUGUUGGAUGUUACAUGUUGCGUCCGUUUGCACACCUUGUUGCAUGUUGUUGGGAGUUGUUGCAUCCGCUUGCACACCACUGCCAACACGGACGCAACAACUCCCAACAUUUUUGGCCCAACAAUGUAGGGAGUUGCUGCGUCCGCGUGCAAAACAAAGCCGCACGACUACUCAGUCUUCCUCUGCUUUCAAACUCCAAGAUGGCGACUACACGCGGGAAAAUUGCUAGGAACAACUAUAUUGCUGUUGGCAAUCGUUCACUUCCUGCAUCACAUUCUAUCGUUGUAAUUGAUAAUGCAGCUGAAAAGAUGUAUCUUCUUCUUGUUCUUUUUUCCAGAACAAACUUGUUUUUUAAAGAGCAGAAAGAGUACAGUCAUGUUGCAUUUGUUUCGGUUUUAAUUGUUUUCCUGCUGCUUGGGGCCUGGACUUGGGUUCCUGCCCAACAGGUGAGACAUUUUGCACUCCGCUAACUGAGACGAGUCUUUGCUGACGUGAUUGUUUUGUUUGACAUGUCACGCAAAUAAAUCUGAUAAAUUUCAGCUAUCUGAUAACUGAAACAUUCAGUUGACUCGUUCGUUGACUGCUUUUGUUCCCUCAGAUGGUAGUUUUAAACAGAGAUCAAACAAAUGAGUGGAAAGGUUGGAUGCAGCUGGUUAUUCUGUUGUAUCACUACACUGGAGCAAGUAAGGUAAUAAAAGAUAUUUGAAUCAAAGCACUCGUAUACACAGCGAUGACCUGACACAGCUCACUACAGUUUAUUAUGUUUAUGUGACCAUCCAUGGAAAGUCACCAUACGUUUUGCAGUCAGUAUUCUGUAGUUCUGCAGAACCUCUCGUAAACGACUUUCUCUCGAAGCCGUUGCCUUCUAAGACAAAAUUAUUUUGAAAUGUUUCGUGGAAAAAGUAGAAAAAACAGACCAGAGCAAGAGUUGUAGAAAGCUACAAAAGAAUGAAAACGCAAACACCUACGGAAAGCACUUUCUUUUUCCUACUUUGAUUUGUAGUUUGCUGUGACUCUUGCCAAAAUUUUGUUUUCCCAUUUAGUAAAAAAACGCCCAAAACUCGUUUGAUUUUUGAGAUUUUUAGUUGUGUUGCGCGGAAAAUAAGCGCCACACCAUUAAAUAGGAGACAUUGUCACUGUUAUCUGUUUGUCUAAGGGAAGAUGAUCCACGGAGUUUCGAUCGUAAGAUGUCCGCAACCAUCCUAAAAAUGUAUGACAUAGUUCUACUGUUAUCUAUCGCCAGGUUCUUCCAAUUUACGUUUUCAUAAGGCUUUUAGUGGCAUCCUACCUAUUCCUAACCGGUUAUGGACAUUUCUCAUACUUUUGGAACAAAGGAGACUUUGGGCUCUACAGAUUUUGCCAGGUAAUCACUAGUUAGGCAGAUCUCUCUUAAAAAAAAUAUAAAAAAAAUGAUAUAGAUAAAACUUUUCCCUAGGGCUUUCUCUAAUUGAAAUGCCCUGGGAACAGGUUGUGUUAGAGGUAACACAUAGGCCUGUUUCGAUUGUGCUCGUAAAAUGCUGGAAAGUUGUUUGCUAGAAUGCCAAAAACUUGCUAAAAAUUGCCAAAAAUCCAAAAAGGUGCUUCCUAAAUUUCAAAAGCUGCUUCCGAAAUUUCUGUAUCAAAGCCACACUAAAAUCAAAGAAUCAGAAUCAAGGCACAAUAGAGGACUCUACGUAGUACAGAAUGCAAAAUCGGUGGGAAAUAAUCUGACUCUAUAUUCUUUCAGGUCAUGACAAGGAUGAAUAUCCUAGUGGCUGUUUUGUGCCUGGUAAUGGGCCGUCCAUAUCAGUUUUACUAUUUUGUCCCACUGGUGUCGUUUUGGUUCGUGGUGAUUUAUCUUUUCGUAGCUGCGUGGCCAAGGGUAACAGCCGCUCUUGUUAAAGGUGAGAAAAUCUGUUUUUUGAUCAGGCAUUGGGAGCAAAGAAAAUUGGUUUAACGCUCAUACUUUUUUCUCCACUGAGCUAACAUUUUCUUCGUGUGCUAAUUAACGAUUAUUCCUCAAGCCCGAAUGGGGCGCGAUUGACUAGUAGUCAGAGGCCAUGAGGGCGCGAGGAAUAAUUGUUUUAGUAAAAUCCAACUAGUUGGUAAAAAAUAUCGAGACAAAAGUUAAAGCUAGACUUUAAUCUUUUUUUUCGGCCAAAAAGCUGGCGCUUUUCGCUACUACUCUAGUGGGCUAUAACAUUUAGCCUAGUAGUAGCUCAACCAAUCAGAACUUAGCAUUGAUAAUAGACCACUAGUUGGAUUUUACUAAUAGGCUCUUAGCCUGCGUCCCAGCUAGUAACAGGGAUCUUAGGGGCUGUUUACAUGGAGGUGGUGGACCCUAGGUAGGUGGGGUAAUCUGCCUGUCCAUAUAAUCUCUUUUAUGGUCACCCCAUCUAUCAUGUAAACGUGAUUAAAUUAAAAUGAGAGAUUAUAUGGACAGGCGGGUUACGCCACUCACCAAGGGUCCCCCACCUCUUUGCAAACAGUCCUUUAAGCAUCAACGACGGGGACGGCAGCGAAAACGUCUCACGAAAAAUGAAUACGCCCUGUUUCAAAUUCCUUCCUUCUUAUUCCACCUCGUUCAAUUGUCAAAUGUUGGCGAAUUUUUCUGGAGUUGAAUUCGAAAAGACUGUACCUAAGAUAAAAAAAAAGAAAAAGAAAAAUGAAAUCGGUUUUUCGUGUUCACGUCCUUCAUAAAACGUGAAGUAAGGCAGUUUCACGUAGCGGUCGUGCAGCAACGGCAAAGAAGUGUACAAAAAAACGGGCUGCCAGUGCACAGUUGUUGCCAAUCUGAGGCCUAGGCCAAACGUGGGACUUUUCAUGAGACAAACCAAACUUGGUGAGUUAAGUUCAAGAAAAGUUUGACGUCUGGCUCAGUUAAGUUCGUCUGAAUGAGUUUGGGUCGUCCAACGCGUUCUAUCCGUCUGCUUCAGAGCAGGGAUUACGGCGCUAGCUUGCAGGCAGACUAAAGCUGAGAUUUAGUUUCGUCUUUGGUGGAGAUUUAUUUUCGUCCGUUGCUACGGAGGGCUGCAGCGUUACAGAGGAUAGAAUACCAUAGAAUACUUCAUACACUUUUAAAAAUGUAUUGUUUUAUGUUGUUUUGACUCUUGCAGAUAACUACAAACAUUAUCUGACAAUGUUGAUUAAGUUCUUUUUACUCUUUUGUGGAAUUAGAAUCAUUUGGAGUUUGCCGGUAAGUGAAUUGUCAUUGAACUGCCAGCCAACUCGUCCCGCUCAGAUUCCUUCCUAGUUAUUUGCCACUUUAAAACGAAAAGGGAACUGGAGCCGAAAUGUGUCCCGCAGUUGCUUCUGGGAUCGCUUCUGGGGACGCGCCAGUCAGCUAUUGGCCAUUUUUUCCUGUCCCUGGUAACAGUCCCAGAGGUCUUUGCAAACUUUUAGGAGAAUGACUACGAGAAAGAGAUUUUCUCAAUAGUAAGUACAGUAAAAACCCGCGUAUAAGAACCUAACAUUUAAGAACCUGUUAGGCUAAAAUUUCAUUUUUAAGCACCCUUCACAUAAGAACCAUUUUAGGCUAAAAUCCUAAAACAGGUUCUUAUUUUCAAAAAAANAAAUGAGAGAUUAUAUGGACAGGCGGGUUACGCCACUCACUAAGGGUUCCCUACCCCCACCUCUUUGCAAACAGUCCCUUAAGCAUCAACGACGGGGACGGCAGUGAAAACGUCACACGAAAAAUUAAUACGCCCUGUUUCAAAUUCCUUCCUUCUUAUUCCACCUCGUUCAAUUGUCAAAUGUUGGCGAAUUUUUCUGGAGUUGAAUUCGAAAAGACUGUACCUAAGAUAAAAAAAAAAAGAAAAAGAAAAAUGAAAUCGGUUUUUCGUGUUCACGUCCUUCAUAAAACGUGAAGUAAGGCAGUUUCACGUAGCGGUCGUGCAGCAACGGCAAAGAAGUGUACAAAAAAAAACGUGCUGCCAGUGCACAGUUGUUGCCAAUCUGAGGCCUAGGCCAAACGUGGGACUUUUCAUGGGACGAACCAAACUUUUUUUUUUUUUUUUGGUUUAACUUGGUGAGUUAAGUUCAUGAAAUGUUUGACGUCUGGCUCAGUUAAGUUUGUCUGAAUGAGUUUGGGUCGUCCAACGCUUUCUAUCCGUCUGCUUCAGAACAGAGAUUACGGCGCUGGCUUGCAGGGGGACUAAUCACUGAGAUUUAGUUUCCUCUGCGGUGGAGGUUUAUUUUCGUCCGUUGCUACGGAGGGCUACAGCGUUACGGAGGAUAGAAUACCAUAGAAUACUUCAUACACUUUUAAAAAUGUAUUGUUUUAUGUUGUUUUGACUCUUGCAGAUAACUACAAACAUUAUCUGACAAUGUUGAUUAAGUUCUUCUUACUCUUUUGUGGAAUUAGAAUUAUUUGGAGUUUGCCGGUAAGUGAGAUGUCAUUGAACUGCCAGCCAACUCGUCCCGCUCAGAUUCCUUCCUAGUUAUUUGCCACUUUAAAACGAAAGGGGAACUGGUGCCGAAAUGUGUCCCGCAGUUGCUUCUGGGAUCGUUACUGGGGACGCGCCAGUGAGGUAUUGGCCAUUUCUUCCUGUCCCUGGUAACAGUCCCAGAGGUCUUUGCAAAUUUUUAGGAGAAUGACUACGAGUACGAGAUUUUCUCAAUAGUAAGUAGUGCACGCCCGUGAGCCAGCGUCAUUUUGGCGGGAAAACGUGGAAGCCGUCGUCAUUCUUCUACGAGUUUUAGCGCGAAUGUCGUAGUGGCGGAAACAAGUUAUCGAAUGUUAAAAGUUUUAUCAUUUUGCGAUCAGGAGAGGGUGUAACCUCCUUCACUUAAGAUAACAGUGCUAACUUUUCUAGUGAAAAAUGGUAAAAUGAAGCUUUCCGAGGAGUCCAUACUUUGAGAAGACGCGAAAAAACUUUUAAGUGAAAUCUCGUACUCGUAGUUGUCCUCGUCCGCGAAUCUAAAGUCUCUAAUAACGUUAUAAUGUCUUGUACUCUGAGGAAGGCGGCAUUGCCGCAACGUCGCUUAAGACUCUUUUGAACUGCGUCGAUUUUACAGUUUUUCAAAGUAACAUUAAGAAAAUAAGGUACCUUAGCACGCAAGCUAAUUAAGGCCGGUACAACAGGAUGUUUUUUUCAUUAACGCAAUAAUGUCAUACACGCCAGGGAAGUUAGCCUUCCAACACGCCCCCCUUGUUAGGGAGCGGCGAUCGGGCGAUAUGGGAGGACGAGCGUGCGUUGAAGUCACAGGGACAAUCGGGCUGAAUUCCUUUCCAAGCUUCUGUUCACAUUUUCAUUCUUUCGUCUCUAACCCGCGCCCCCCGGCGUCUCCAAUAAACCUGCCAGCUACACAGGCUGUGCGAAAACAUCACUGAAAACGCUUGUUUUGGUGGUUAAGAACAUGUGUGCUUUCUCCUUCAGACGUUGGGUCAAUGGAUGUUUUCUCAGUGGGCAAUUAAAAGAAUUACUUAUUGAUGAAAAUGACAGUGUUCGUUUUUCAUUCCUUCGCCACCAACCCGCGCUCAACGGCGUUUCCAUUAAAACUGCCAGCUACACAGGCUGUGCGAAAACCAUCUCUGAAAACGAGGGUUUUGGUCAAUAACUUGUAUGCUUUCUUCUCCUUUAGACGUUGGGUCAAUGGAUAUUUUCUCAGUGGGCAAUUAAAGAAUUAUUUAUUGAUGAAAAUGACAGUGUUCGUGAAUGGUGGUUCCGGUCGUGGCUGGACAGAUAUGUGAGUGUAUUUCUUUCUUUAGUUGUGCUACAUUCUGCAGGUUACUAAAUAAUUGCCUCUGGUGUUUACGUCUACGACUGAGGAGUAGUGUUUAUAUCCCUACAACAAAGAAGUAGAAAAUUACUCUAUAGUGGUAACACAAUUACUGGUAACCCAGAAGUUCGCUUUGUGGCCAAUUACAGUGCGACUACUCGAACCGGAGAACUUGGAAGAAGAUUAUCCAAUCACAACAUUUUUUGAAAACAAAAGAUUCUCAAGUGUUUUUUGCAAAUGGACCAAUAAAAUUCAAGGUUCAACUGUGCAACCGUUAAAAAUUUUAAAACCGUUUGAACUUACCUGACCUCUCAGGCAACAGCCCUCAAAUUCAUGUAUGUUAUCGGUCCGUUUGCAAAAAAACGUGAGAAUCUUGUGUUUUCCAAAACCGUUGUGAUUGGAUGUUCUUCCAAGUGCCCCGGUUGGACUAGUUGCACUGUAAUAAGGAGCAAAACGAAUAAUUUAAAUAAAUAUAAAAAGUAAGAAUCCCAAAUGGCCAAUGCAAAGAGGAUGGCUAUUUACAAAAAUGGUUGACGAGCUGAACUAUGAACUACGUUCUCCAACUAAUCCAACCGCGGCUGGGUGGGGCUUGAAACCUCCGGUUUGCAAUUCUACUUCUUUAACCGCUUGGUCGCGCUCCCCCCCCCCUCCCCCAAUCCCCUAAAAAUUACUGGAUAUGAUAGGACAGGAUAGGAUAGGAUAAGUGCUUUAUUAUCAACAGAGCGCCUACAGACACAUGUGUUUACAACGAUAACAAAGAUUUUCGUGCAAUAAUUACAAAGGUGUACGUUUGUAAAAUUUAUACAACUAUUAAACAAGGUUAUAUUUAACGCGGCUAUCUCUUUCGCGGAAGCGAUCAUAUACAUAUUUAGCCACAAUUUUUUGCGUUUUCUCUCCAUGCUUCAUACUUAUCAACGUUGCAAAGGCAGACUGUUCAUACCCCUCUUCCAAUACCACUCCCAAGGGCAAUGAGUAGAGAUAACCACUUGAUCUUUUAUGGGAAUUUUAACUCCUUCGCAAUAAAAUGGAACCGCGAAUUUAGGAUUUGUUUGACUCCCAAUUCCUAACUUUCUGCUAUGAUUGUAGCCUUAUAGUGUCUUCACUGAAAUGGCUGUUGCUGUUUGCCAUAUUGAAUUUAAUAUUAGCUAGACAUAGGAUCAAAUUUAUGUUUCAACUUUGUCCAACCUUGGACGCCACUACCGUGUUUUACAGUGAACGUACUCCCGGUGCGUAUCCUUUCAAACUGAAAUGAAAAUGUAAAUCUAAACGACGUCUUCGCACCAGCACUGGCUGGAGUUUCCUACCCAGCUACCUGGGCUAAUUCUUUGCUUGCAUUUCUCUUGCAGAUUGCUCUUUAUGGAAUGGUUGUAGCGCUAGUGUACUGCACUGCUAAAUAUUUUAAGUUUUUUGAGGAUAAUAACAAGAGAAUUUUGUUUUCUGGUCCUGCCGCCGUCGUCUCUCUUUUCUUUGCCGUUGUAGCCCUUCUGGUGAGAAGUCAAUUUGAAAUAAGUCUAAGCCUUGCCUUGAUAUAACUAGAAGUAAUCACAAAUUAGAAGUUCGUCCAAUGGCCCGAUGGAAAUGGGACAGGAAAGCGAUUAUCACUGCGUUAUCGUUCCCAUGAUUAAGCGGGGCACAAAAGAGAUAACAGUUCCCGGCCGCGUGAGGUGAUAACUUUAGGUCACUGUAGGCCAUUUGCACGAUGUCGCCAUUUUCCACUAUUGCCAGAAUUCCUCAGGAUUUGCUUUUUUGUUUUGCAAAUUAGGGCUGGCUUUCUUUUUUAUUAACAAUUUAUACUUCGAAAGUGCACGCAUACNCCGGUGCGUAUCCUUUCAAACUGAAAUGAAAAUGUAAAUCUAAACGACGUCUUCGCACCAGCACUGGCUGGAGUUUCCUACCCAGCUACCUGGGCUAAUUCUUUGCUUGCAUUUCUCUUGCAGAUUGCUCUUUAUGGAAUGGUUGUAGCGCUAGUGUACUGCACUGCUAAAUAUUUUAAGUUCUUUGAGGAUAAUAACAAGAGAAUUUUGUUUUCUGGUCCUGCCGCCGUCGUCUCUCUUUUCUUUGCCGUUGUAGCCCUUCUGGUGAGAAGUCAAUUUGAAAUAAGUCUAAGCCUUGCCUUGAUAUAACUAGAAGUAAUCACAAAUUAGAAGUUCGUCCAAUGGCCCGAUGGAAAUGGGACAGGAAAGCGAUUAUCACUGCGUUAUCGUUCCCAUGAUUAAGCGGGGCACAAAAGAGAUAACAGUUCCCGGCCGCGCGAGGUGAUAACUUUAGGUCACUGUAGGCCAUUUGCACGAUGUCGCCAUUUUCCACUAUUGCCAGAAUUCCUCAGGAUUUGCUUUUUUGUUUUGCAAAUUAGGGCUGGCUUUCUUUUUUAUUAACAAUUUAUACUUCGAAAGUGCACGCAUACAGAUUUGAGGUUGUACACUCUAGAAUGUGUCUAUGAAUGACUGAUCUGUGAAAGCUCCUUGACAUAGGUCCAGGUUGGGAGUUCUUCGCGGCGGAUAAUGGGCUCCUGAAUAAAUGAUUGACUGAAAAUAAUCUCGCCAGUUAUAUUAACCUGUAAAAAGUAAAACCAAAAAGUAAUAGUCACUUCUUCGAAUGUGUGUUCGACACACGUGACCAAAGUUUUCUAGACCGAUUUCUACUGAUAAAUGCCCUAGGAAUUAAAGGUGUAAACCCAGUGUUUGGACCAUCAGUGAGGCAACUUAGAUUAUAUUAAGAGUGAGUUUACAUAGUCUGAAAUGUCACACGUCUUCACCCCCUAACCCGUCGGGGGCGCGGGCGAGAGAGAGAGAGAGACGUAUGACAUUUCAGACUAAGUUUACGCAACAAGAUGGCAGGAUGAAGAGGACGGCAAAACACUUGUGUGUGACAAACGUGACAGGGCUAUUACUUGCGUGUUUUGUCGCGAUCUUCACUUCACACCAAUGAUUUCUGAUCCUUGGCAAAUAGACCUGUUUAAAGGAAAGUGACGUUCGACGAAAAGUAGUUUCAAACAAAAUUAUUGUCACGCUUACCGCGCAAAGUUUGCCGUGUUCUUUCCUCUCCCGUCCUGUUGCGUAAGUUCACUAAUGCUAGACGACGUCAGGAGCCCAUAAGGGCUUCUGGAGUAGUUUAACCCUGCGUUGCUGAAACACGUUAUUUUCUUCCCAUGAACUGACCUGUGUUUUACCUCCUUACUUUCAGAUUUAUACUCUUCAAGCAAUUACGUGUAGUUCAAAACCCUCUUGUAACGAAACCCAUUCAUUUUUGUCAUUUAUACCUGUAAGUAUAAAGUUGCUGUUUCCUUUUUGCUUUCCUUUAUAACCUUAACUCAUCUUGUGUUUGUCCUUUCCGAACGACCCAAUAAUAAACCUCUAUAUCGGAGCCGGAAUGUAACCUAACCUGCAAGUGGGUGUCAGUAAAACGCGUGUCAGAGCCGGGGUCGGGACCUGGACCAGAGUCGGGGUCUCUCCUUUUUAAAGAACGCUGUUUUAGGGUUAGGGUUUGUUAGGGGUAGGGUUGACACUAACCGUAACCCUAAAAAAAAGAUAGACCCCGAACCCGGCCCCGGCCCCCUGGCCCGGCCCCAACCCCGCGUUUUAAAGACACCUCCCGCCGGCAAGCUCUCCAUUUGGGGCAGUCGCGAGAAUUCACGCGUGAGCACCGCCCACUCGCACGUUCUCUCGCUAGAAUUGAUCAGAAAUGGAGAACUUACUAGCAGUUGAUUUGUGGCCAUUUGUCAUUAAUUUUUUCCUUUACUUAAACAUAUUUUAUUGACCAAGUUUGCCCUAAGAGUAACAACAUUUAAGUCGGUCUAAAUCUAUCAUGCGCUAGCUGUAAUCCCAGGAGAUAUUCUCAUUUUUGUACACUUCCCCCGAAAAUGAUAAGAAUGCUAAAUGCUGGCUUCAGUCACGUGGGAUUCCAAACUAUGGCCUUACGGGUUCGAAAAUUACGGACAUGAUGCUGUGGACUUUAAGGCAAUGUUCACACCAUACUGGAUGGCUUUUGUGCAGGCACGAAAACCAUACCGGAUAGGGAUUCUGUUGACACAGAAAAAUGGUGAUUUUAGCCCGUUUUCUAUAACGGAGAUAAGCUGGGCCGUACCGAUCUCGAAAGUGUGGCGUCACAUACCGGAUACGUGUUCAUAUUAUUCCGGGUCGCUUUUCUUGUCUAUCCCGCGGAAUAGUGUAAACAGCUUUAACCUUUGGUCAUAUGCCGCUAACCUACCUGCAACAUAGCUGCAGGUGCUACCUGGGAUACUGUUCCGAGAUACCUUGACCUUGGAAAGAGCCAUCGCAGGUCUUUACCCUCCGCGUGCCUGCGAAGUUGGACACGAGUUAACUUCGCAAUGCUUCCGGUGGUAUAUCAUUUCCCCUGCAGAAAAUGUUGAGGCUCUCGGAAAAAAGAACAUGUUUCGUCUAGGACCAGUUAUUCCGUGUGUCAGACUCACUAUCUUGAGUCGGUAUUGAUUAGUCAUCUUUUUCAGUUUCUACCACAUUAAAACUGUUUUGCUAGUAUGUAUAUUUUUUUGAAAUUACAGAUAACAGCUUUCGUACUUCUCAGAAAUAUACCUGGUUCUCUCCGGUCUAAAUUUAGUCGGUUCUACGCAUGGGUUGGUUCUUUUUCUUUAGAGGUUAGUAAUGUAUAACUGAGUUUAUAUAUAUUAUCCUAAACUCUUUAAGGCCCCGUGAUACUGCGGAGAAUAUAAAAGACGAAUGAGUUCGUGGAAUGGCUUGAAAAAUGGUAUAAAUUAUGUGGCAAGGGGUAGGUUGACAUAAUUAUUGAAGAAAUAAAUUAACCUUGCCGCAUAAUUUAUGCCAUUUCGUAUUCCAUACUACAUGUCCUACUGCGGACUCGAGCUCGUUCCUCUUCUACCCUUAACAACACGGUUUCACCAUUCUCUUAACAUACGUUGUAUAACGCUUUUACUCUAAAGGUCACCGCUAAAUUAAAGGAGACUUACUUGUAAGGCGAGGUUUGAUUCUGCCGAGUCGUCAAUAGCACAAGAAGUUACUCCUUUACCAGGGGCAUAGAAUGGUACUUUGAAAAACGUGGGUCUCGGAAAAUUUUGGCGCGAUCUCGAUAUCUCGGAAGCGUUGUUGGUGCCGGAUCUUGAAGUCUCGUUUUCGGGCGACUUUUGCAUCUCGGAGUCCCGAAUAACUUUUGGUGAAGGGUCUCGGAGUCUCAUCUUUGUCAUUUCACCAUCCUCUUAACAUGCGUUGUUUAACGUUUUGACUUUAACGGUCGCAUGCUAUUGUAAAUUGUAGUAAAUUGUUCACUACAAUAAGCGGGUGUCAGUGACUAUCGUGAGACAAACAUCAAACAAACCUAUCAUAGUCAAAGCGCGAUAAAUAACAGAUUUCAUUAAGGAGCAAAGCUCUUUUAACCAUUUCGAGCAUCUCGCCUAAAAACAACUCAAUGGCCCGUAUGUAGGAUUACGUUAGACGAGUAAAUUUCACCAACAAGCCUCCUUUGUGAACUAAAUUCUUUGUAUUUGCACUUUGCAAUUUAUAAUUUCAAAACGUAAACACGCAUAAGGGCUAUUGAUAGAGCACCGGUAGAUUUACUCCAGAGCUCGCGAGUUCAAACCUUGCCUGGGUAAAAAACGUUUUCUUUGAUUCCGGGCUAUCUCAACUUCCUUUCUAGAGCUUGUAUUCAGACGGAAUCAUAGAGUUUGUUAGCACUCAAGAAAUCGCCAAUUUUUAAUUCUUUUUGCCUCAUAUAAAUGCUACGCGGCUUACACACUAAAUAUAUUUGUUAUAUAGCUGAAAAUUUCUUCCCAACAGCGCGCGCUCUCAUUGGUUACUUCGACGUCACAUGACAUCUAGCAAUGAAACUGUUUCCCACCAAAUCUCUGCGCCGUAACAGCGAGGUUUAAUCAAUUUCCUGCUUUAAAAUUUCCAGCUAUAUAACAAAUCACUUGAAGACUGGUCCCUCGGAAAACAGUUAAUUUUGUUUCCUUCGAAUCUCAAUGUUUCCCUCGCGGCCAGUCAUUAAGUGUUGAUUGUUUUUGCUUGUUUGCAGUUGUUUAUAUCGCAGUACCAUAUCUGGCUUGCCCACGAUACCAAGGGAAUUUUGGUCCUAAUUCCUAGCCAGCCAUUUCUCAAUGUCGUCUUGUCCACGUUUGUGUUCGUAUGCGUCAGUCACGAGAUUCACAAGGUGUCCGGGGUACUGGCCAACGCCCUAAUAACCAAAGACAUUAAAACUAUGAUGAGAAGGGUGCUGUUUUUUAUCUUCAUGUUGAUAAUCAUAUGGUGGCAUAAGACUCAUCAUGAUCCCAAACCCAAAUUAGCAGGAUAAAGGUAACAGGGGCUAAUAUUGUGGAGGGGCCCGUGGCCCCGGUGCCCCCUAAACUUAAACCCGUACGCCGAGAAAAUGAUUUUGGAGGUCGGGCUUCCCUUCUCUCAAGCAGGGCCUGGAGCGGGCCGCCCAGCUACUAGACUUCCUAGAAGUACUACAUCUGAAUCCGUCUCUGAAGAGGAUAUUUACACGUGUAAAAAAAGGGACAAAGGACGAUGACUAAAGGUAUAUCAACCACGAACCAUAUUUUUGGAACUAGGGAGGGGGCCCGGAGUCCUGAAGCCCCCCUGCACUAAAUCCCGUAGAGCGAAAAAAUAGUUUCAAGAUCGGGCUUACGUCCUAUCUUGCGGGCCCCGAGGCGGGCUCGUUAUUUAGUGGACUAAAUCUGAAUCUGAAUCAGCCGCUGAAGAGGAUGUUUAUACGUUUGAAAUAGGAACA